UUGUUAUGUGUUGUUUUAGAAUUUUCCAUGAAAUUUUAAUUUUUUAAUUAAAAAUUUUAAUUUGAUAGUGCAGUAAGCUAAUUAAGUAUUGAACAUGGCCAAUCCUAAGUAUGCUGACCUUCCUGGAAUCGCACAUGACCAGCCUGAUGUAUAUGAGACCAAUGACUUGCCUGAAGCCGAGCAGGGGACCCUGUCGAUGUCGGACGCUCUUGUGGAUCAAUGUGACAGUGUGGAAACACUGAAAAUCUCUCCGAAUGAUGCCUACACGAAAUUUAAAGGCAAAACUCUUGAUAGCAGAGGUGUAGAUUUUACCGACGGUAUUGGUCGUUCUGGGAAAACUGGUUAUGAUGUCAGAUCAGGUGACUGGGAAAUG